AGUUCAGGUAGCUCAAAUUGUGUGCAGGACUUAUCGUGUUUCCCGCGCAUUUUUCAUGCUGGAUUAGGAAACAUCUUUAAGAUCAACCACCAAAAUUCCGACUCUAUGGUUUUUUUCACUCGCCAAAAAACCACUGAAGCAGUCACACCGCCACCACGUUAAACAGUAGUCAUCACAUCUAAAUUCCAAAAAAAGUUCUGACUUCCGUAUAAUACGAAAUUGCUCAAGAAUGCCGCGUCGCAAGAUACUCACAAACAACAAUAACACUGAGGAGAAAGACGAGAUGCAGCCCACAAAAGCAAAAAGGGCGCGGAUUGCAUUCCAUUUGGAGUUGCCAAAGCGUCGUCAAACCCUUGGCCAAGUGCUUGUCUGCGGCACCGGCGACACCGGUCAACUGGGCCUUGGCGAAGAUAUUCUAGAGCGCAAACGUCCGGCCCUGGUGGAAGACAUCCCGAAUCCCGUGGAUAUAUGUGCCGGCGGUAUGCAUUGCUUGGUGUUGACAAAGAACGGCGACAUCUACUCAUUCGGUUGCAAUGACGAGGGCGCUCUGGGACGCAGUACCAGCGAGGAGGGCAGUGAAUCAACGCCAGCACUCAUCGAUUUGCCUGGCAAAGCAUUGAGCAUUUCGGCGGGCGAUUCGCAUUCCGCUUGCCUGCUGGAGGAUGGACGCGUUUAUGCCUGGGGUUCUUUCCGUGACUCGCACGGCAAUAUGGGACUGACAAUUGAUGGCAACAAGCGCACACCCAUCAAUCUGCUGGAGGGCACCGUUUGCUGCAGCAUUGCAUCGGGCGCGGAUCAUUUGGUGAUUCUGACAACAGCUGGCAAGGUUUAUACCGUGGGCUGUGCCGAGCAAGGCCAGCUGGGACGCAUCUCGGAGCGUUCAGUGGGUGGCGAGGGACGUCGAGGCAAACGUGAUUUGCUGCGACCUGAUCAGCUGCUUAUCAAGCGGACCAAGCCUUUUGAGGCUGUUUGGGCCACCAACUACUGUACUUUUUUGCGGGAAUCACAGACUGAUAUCAUUUGGGCCGUCGGUUUGAACAACUACAAGCAGCUGACAUAUGCCAAGGAAGCCGACCGUCUUCUCAUACCGAUUAAAACCGAUCUGAAGGAUGUCAAACAGAUUGCGGGUGGACAGCAUCAUACCCUGGUGCUGGACAAUAAUUCCAAAUGCUUUGCCAUCGGACGACACGAAUAUGGUCGCCUUGGCAUUGGUAGCGAUGUCAAGGAUGUGGUCGACAAACUGGUGGCCAUCAAAGAGCUGAGCGGGAAUACCGUUUAUGUGGCCUGUGGAGAGGCAUGCUCGUAUGCCAUUACCAAAGAUGGCAAAUUGUAUUCGUGGGGCAUGGGCUCCAACAAUCAGCUGGGCGUUGGCGAUGGCGACGAUGAAUUUGCGCCGGUUUUGGUAAGCAGUAAGAACACAGCGAAUAAACGCAUGUUACUUGCUGCCGGCGGUGGACAGCACAGUGUGUUUCUGGUCGAGUCCGAUGUGCAAGAGGAGGAGCAGAAGGAGAAUGUGCCAGCAGCCAGCGGAGGCGGUGGCAAGAAGACAAAGGCUGCGGCCAGCGCUGCCGAGGUGGCAUCCAAGGAGGCGGAGCAGUCGCCAAAGAAAACUGAUGACAAAGAGACUACUCCCGUAAAUGAUGGGGAGCCAUUGACAAGCGGUUCCAGUCCGGAGCCCGUCAAGAAGCCAGCUGCUAAACGUGGACGCAAGAAGAAUUAAA